ACCCAUCUUAUCGGCCUGGACCUAUACUCGUAUCAAUCUACUUCAGGUACUACCGCCCCCACCCCAUCCACGCGCUCGACUCGUGUGUCUAACGGCCUAACGGUCUCCACAGUUCACUGUAGCCUACUCUACUGACUUUGCUUUACCUCGUUGUUGCUGUGGGGUUGUAGGGUCGGACGCGGAAGAACGUGUUACCUCUCUUGUUGACUUGACUUGAAAUUCCCUCUUCACCCGGUAUCGACUCCUACUUUUCUUCCCCCUCGAUACAUCUCGACACUGACCUCGACCCAAAUCUCGAAUCGCAGUGGGGGGGCCAAUGUAUUUUUAUUAGUGUCGACUGCUCAGUGGUGUUUAUGUCGGGGACUUCGUCUUAUUUUAUUUUGAGAUGAAUUUAGGAUUUUCAAAGUUUUUCUCUAAAAAGAAGCAUGUGAACGAGGGGCCUACAGAGAUAGGCCUGCCGACCAAUGUUUCUCACGAAUUUCAUGUCAGUAAGAAUAAGGAGACAGGGCUGCUUGAAGGUCUACCAACGCCCUGGCUUAGACUCCUCAACACCCAAAUAACAAAAGCUGAACAAGAUGAAAAUCCAAAUGCUGCCUUACAAGCCAUUAACUUUAAAAAACGCUUUAAAGAAUGCAACUCUAUCGUGUGCUGCUUACUAAUGCGUUUCCUUCAAUAA